AUGUUUGACAUUGAUAGUGAUGAAGGUGUGUAUGUCGUUUCAGACAUGAGCGGCAAUGGUUCUAAUGAUCAGGAGCACCCAUCCCACCUACCCCCCUAUCACGAAGUAGAUCCUAGACCCCAUUCACAUUCCCCACCUCCACCAUACAGCUCCCGACCAUCAUCCCCUAGAACAUUUAAUAUAAACAUCUAUGAACCUCCAUCCCCGACACACCCACACAUCCAACCCUCGAUCCUAGAUAUUGAUACUGAUUCACCGCCUUCAUCUCCAAUAUCCAAAAGAAGUAGACCUCAAUCCUCAACUCCAGCCCAAUCCUCAGCCCCUGCCAAUCAAGAUCAGUUAGGUAGCUAUGAAGAGAGGAGGAUGAUGUCAUUUCUCAGGAGCAAUGUCCACAUCCGGAGACUCGGCAUGCAGAACAUAAGCUUACAAGUUGAUGACGAUGAUGACAGUGAUGAAGAGCCAGAUCAUCGUCAUCAUCUCUCACCCCACCACCGCCGCCAGUCAUCUAACCACCACCACCAGUCACCCCACCACCGCCGCCAGCCAUCCAACCACCGCCACCAGUCACCCCACCACCCCCGCCAGCCAUCCAACCACCGCCAAUCAUCCAACCGCCACCACCAAUCAUCCAACCACAGCCAGUCACCCCACCACCACCACCAGUCAUCCAACUGCCACCAGUCACCCCACUACUACCACCAGUCAUCCAGCCGCCACCAAUCAUCCCACCAGCCGAGGCCAAGACGGCUUCAAUUUGGUAGUAGCCCCUCAUCACACCAAUCAGCCUCACCACAGGAUCCAAUAAUACAAACUUCCACAAGGAACUGGGUGAUCCCUAGAGUUCCCACGCCUCCCACGCCUCUCGAGAACUGGGAGCUAGCAAACUCAGAGGAGAACCUUAGGAAUUGGGGAUUGCUGAAUUCUGGUCAAAACCAGACUCCAACACCAGCUUCCCCUUCACAAGAAUUGGAGUCUCUACCCCGGAUUGAGCUGUGGGAGAAUGAGGAGGAGAUAGUUGAUCCUCAGGUUUACAAUGCAGUUGAACCUGAGAAUGAUCCACCUCCUCCUUACAACCCUGACUGGGGAGUUGCCUUCAGAGACAGACAACAGCAAGCAGGCAGUCCUUCACCUGCCGAGGAGAUUUUAGACUAUGGAAUGGAUGAAGAGGAUCGGUUGGAUGAAGCAGCUGGGACAAGUGUGGAAACUCCUUGUCCACCACCAGAAGAGAUCUCUUAA